AAAAUUUUACAUUGUACAUAUGGAUAUUGACUUUAAAAUUCAGAUGUGAAUUUUUAUAUUUAACAAAUAAAAUUAUCGUGUAAUACCAGGGGUAUACGAUACAUUGUACACUUUAUAAGCGACAAGCAAAUGAUGGAAAGUAAUUGAUUUCAUUAGAACUAAGAUAAAGAAGUGUAAAUAACACUUUAGAUGGUAAUAAUAUAAAAGAAAUAUAAAGUAUCGUAUUAAUGUUAAUUUUAUAUUAAUUAAAUUUUGCACCGACUUAACCUCAUAAGGAAAUCUUGACACAAAAAGGACAAAUGCAUGGUGAAAGUGGACUAGUCAAGAUAUUGACGUUACAGGGACUUAUUUGUAACCUGUAUUGAAGAAUGAAAAAUAAGCAAAACUUGGGAGUUACAUCAUUUGAAGGUUGAAUUUAUAAAUUACAAAUUAUUUUAAAGUAAACGCUGAUAUACAACGACAAAGUGAUUAAAUUAUGCCGGAAAACCUAGAGGAUGUUUGUACCAGAAUUGAUGGAUUGACUAUUCAAAAUUUGGAAUUGAUGGAGGAAAAGAUAUCAACUUGUAUACAAAUGGAACAGCUUUUACGUGAUGGACAUAUCGAGCUGGCAAAAACUCGGUACAUUCGGGGAAAAGAAAGUUUUGGAAUUUUGCAGGUCCCUGCUGAAGACCGACAAAUGACAUCCUUAUUUGAUUUAGAAACAACGAUAACGAAAAAUGGAAAUAACAUAAUACCACAUUUUGAUAUUACUUUGAAAGAUCAAGAAAACUCUAAAGAACUUUUUCAAGAUCCAAUUAAAUGGUUUGGUGUUUUGGUUCCACAAAAUUUAAAGGUUGCACAAAAGAGAUUUCAGACUUCGCUUUCCCUUUCCGUGCAGAUGGCAAAUGUCCAGUCAAAGAUAGCAGUUGCAAUGAAUGAAAUUGAAUGUUUAAAAAUAUUAAAAAAUAAUUUAUUAAUUCAAGAGGAAUAAUGUUAAUUUAAGUUAGAUUUUUAUUUAAAAAAUAAUACACAUUGUUAUUAGUCUCAGCAUUUGUUUAAUUGUAACAUGUAAGUAAAACAUGUUAAAUUAUAUAUAAUUCAAGUGUAAUUCAAUUAAUAAUAAAAUGUUACUACAACUUA